UCUGAGUUUGGGAUGGAGAUGUAGAGGGAGAGGGAAGAACUCCCAGGGCAGAGCCAGGCUUGGGGUGGGCACCUCGGGGUGUCUCACUGGUCUCUUUCCCUCAAGCCAGAAUAGCCAGGUUCCAAGCCAUUGAAAGACUCCCCCCAUUUUAAUACAAUAAAUAAAAGCUGAGUGUCCCUUUCAAAGGCUCUGAACCAGACUGGCUUUUUGCUGUGUGAGGGAUGAAGCAGGCAAGCUCAGCAGGGAAGCAAGAGAGUGCUAUGUGCAGGCAGCCGUGAUUCAGAGCACAGCGGGAUCAAAGCACCUUGGAAUAAAUGCGAGUACAAGUUUUACACUAAUUGAAUCUACCUUGGAAAGCCAUGGCCGCUGCCUCUCACCUGAACUCAGAUGCACUUCGGGAAGUUCUGGAGUGUCCCAUUUGCAUGGAGUCCUUUACUGAGGACCAGCUGAGGCCCAAACUCUUACACUGUGGGCACACCAUCUGCAAGCAGUGCUUGGAGAAACUCCUAGCAAACAGCAUCAAUGGGAUACGCUGCCCCUUCUGCAGCAAGAUCACUCGGAUCACAAACUUGGCUCAACUGACCGACAAUCUCACGGUGCUGAAGAUCAUAGACACCACAGGACUGAGUGAAGCUGUGGGCCUUUUCAUGUGCAAAGCUUGUGGGAGAAGGUUACCCAGGCACUUCUGCAAGAGCUGUAAUUUGGUUUUGUGUGACCCAUGCAAGGAGAUGGAACAUCAGCAGCAAGGACAUGUUGUUGUUGCCAUUAAAGAGGCUGCGGAUGAACGGAGGAAGGAAUUUGGGGUAAAGCUCGGCAGACUUCGGGAGCUCAUGGGGGAUCUGCAGAAAAGAAAGGCAUCUCUGGAAGGGGUCUCCAAAGACGUGCAAUCCAGAUACAAAGCAGUUCUUCAGGAUUAUAGCAAGGAAGAGCGCAAGAUCCAGGAAGAACUGGCAAGGUCACGGAAGUUCUUCACAAAUUCUUUGUCUGAAGUGGAGAAGAUAAAUAACCAGGUAAUGGAGGAACAGGCUUAUCUGCUGAACAUAGCAGAGGUGCAGAUCGUAUCCCGAUGUGACUAUUUCCUUGCCAAGAUUAAGCAGGGAGAUAUAGCUCUCUUGGAGGAGGCAGCGGACGAGGAAGAGCCAGAACUGACAAACAACCUACCAAGAGAGCUGACUCUCCAAGAGGUGGAACUCCUCAAGGUGGGCCAUGUGGGGCCACUGCAGAUUGGGCAGGUGGCGAAGAAACCUCGGACAGUCAACAUGGAGGAAUCUCUGAUGGAAACUGCUGCAUCCACAUCGGCUACAUUUAGGGAGACUGACGUGGUGCAAGAAGAGACUAGUUUGACACCAAAUUCCUCACCUGCCAAACCAAGGAUGCCUGAAACAGCCACUAGCAUCCAGCAAUGUCACUUCCUUAAGAAGAUGGGCUCCAAAGGCAGCAUGCCAGGGAUGUUCAAUCUUCCUGUCAGCGUACAUGUCACCGUACAGGGAGAGGUGCUUGUGGCAGAUCGUGGCAAUUUCCGAAUCCAGGUAUUUACCCGCAAAGGUUUUCUGAAGGAGAUCCGGCGGAGCCCUAGUGGCAUUGAUAGCUUUGUGCUGAGUUUCCUUGGAGCAGAUCUACCCAAUUUGACUCCGCUAUCUGUCACCAUGAACUGCCAUGGCCUGAUAGGAGUGACUGACAGCUAUGAUAACUCACUAAAGGUGUAUACCAUGGAUGGACACUGUGUUGCAUGUCACAGGAGCCAGCUUAGUAAGCCCUGGGGCAUCACAGCUCUGCCUUCAGGGCAGUUUGUAGUGACCGAUGUGGAAGGAGGAAAGCUCUGGUGUUUCACAGUGGACCGUGGUGUUGGGGUAGUUAAGUACAGUUGCUUAUGUAGUGCUGUGCGCCCAAAGUUUGUCACUUGUGAUUCUGAAGGGACCGUAUACUUCACUCAGGGGCUGGGGCUCAACCUGGAGAACCGCCAGCAUGAGCAUCACCUCGAGGGGGGCUUUUCAAUUGGCUCCGUAGGUCCAGAUGGGCACUUAGGCCGCCAGAUCAGCCACUUCUUCUCCGAGAAUGAGGAUUUCAGGUGCAUCGCUGGGAUGUGCGUGGAUGCUAGGGGAGACCUGAUUGUUGCCGACAGCAGCCGUAAAGAAAUCCUGCAUUUUCCCAAAGGAGGUGGCUACAAUAUCUUAAUCAGGGAAGGCCUCACCUGCCCUGUGGGCAUAGCCAUUACACCUAAAGGGCAGCUGCUAGUGCUGGACUGUUGGGAUCAUUGCAUUAAGAUCUACAGUUACCAUCUGAGGAGGUAUUCCACACCUUAAGGGUGUUUCACUGGCUAAAGCUGCUCUUCUCGUUAUAGAUUCUCCCCGCCUUACCAUAAUUUGACAGAAGUUAGUGCUGCACUUUCAGGUAGAUUAUGUCCUAAUCUGAGCUGUGUCACUGUUUUGUGUUUAGAAACAAAAUAGCCUUUUUAUUUGUAUAAUUUAAAAAAACAAACAAACCCCACCUCCUCCAUGGAGCAAAGGAUACUUAUGGAUUACUGGUUGUGGGGUAAGUGACCGAUCUCUCCCUACAUCUUACUGCCUUGUGCCGUAGCUCAUACUCCCAGCGUCAACCACUGCAUGCUGGUUUGUGCCAUAAGUAGUAACUGACUGUUCUAUAUGACCUUUCUUUAGAGGACCCGUGAGGCGGUCUUCUUCCCACCACAGUUCUCACAAGGAUCUCAGUAGCAGUUCUUCACAGACAACCACAGAAAGCUAUUUCUGAUUGCAGCGCUGUAGCUGCAUAUGACAACGCAACCGCCCUAAACUGCACCAAGGUGCAGCUUGCAUCAAAGUAAAGGGCAGGGCUGUGGCCCAAACUGAUUGUAGUAAUUAGGAGAUUAUCUUCAUGGUGCCACCAGUGAACCCCACUUGGUCCACCAGUCUCCUCAAUGUGAAGUGGGAACAGUGCAAUCAUGGAAGACUGAUGGAGCCAGAGAACUGCCCUCUGAUGGCAAAGAGAAUUUCAUUACGGUUUGAUUAGCACGAGAAAAGUAGAGCGAGAGGGGGAAUUCACAGGAGAGCCUAUUUAACAGAAUUAAUUUCAGCCUGUCAAUAUUCACAGUUGUUUUACUAUUAAAUCUGGCUUGGAACCUGUCUUUGAAGGGUAUGUUUGGUAUUUAAAGCUUUGCCAGAGGAGAGAGAAAUUGAAGUAAACAAGAUCAAAUGUGACAAAUGGUAUGUUCAUCUGCACACUUCAAUAUUCUGCAUUCCAGACCAUUGCAUUUACUGAUAGGUUUCCACUAGUCUGCACUUUGUAUGUGAAAGCUACUUGUUCAUGAGAGAGGGGAAAAAGGGGGGGGGGGAAUCUUAUUUUAUUACUUGGAAGCUCUUGCUCUGGUGGUUUGCGUCUUUCUCCAUGCACAGCAAAAAGCUACAUUCCUAGAGACAUUGUUUGGCCUUUUUUAUGGCUCCAGCGGGCACUAGGAUGCAUGUUCGUCUCAGCUUUGGGUCAGAUGAAGCACAAAACUGCAGCUGUGUGAGUUAACACCCCCACAGUGUGCCUAUCCUGGCUGAUAAACACAUAUCUCAGUGUGGUGUUGCUCCUCUAAAAUGGUUUAUUGAAGAAAAGAAACAUUUAAAUAGGACACAGUUGUGGAAUGUUAAUCUGCCAAAGAUCAUGGGUACACUGCAGUGUAAUUACUAUUUGUUACCAUGAAGAAGGUAGUUGCAAAUUUGGGGGCACAAGAGACCAUGUAAAAAAACUGGCUUUAUAGUUGCUGUCCUGUCCAGCAUUUUCAAACUGUAUUUGCUGUAGUAUCAAAGCUGUGCUACAAUGUGGCUGUAAAACCAGGUGAGUUUUUAAAUUCCCACAAGCUGUCUGUCCCUUCUUAGCUGAGCAGCAG